AUGGCGAAACGACGGGUGAAGAAGCGAACGCACAUACCGAACCAGAAUGGCCGCUCAGCAGCUCCUGGCAACACGGCCAGCAAGCCCGGCUCUCGCACUCCAAAGUCGAUGGUCAUCCGCAUAGGCGCAUCUUCUGUCGGUCCCGCUGUCUCGCAACUUGUGCGCGAUGUACGAUCUGUACUGGAACCCCAGACCGCUUCUAGGCUCAAGGAAAGACGAGGGAACAAGCUGCGGGACUUCACGACGAUGGCUGGACCUCUAGGCGUCACACAUCUGCUGCUGUUCUCUAGAAGUGAAGGAAAAGCCGGGAAGGCUGGAGGCAAUGUCAAUAUGCGGUUGGCAGUCACACCUCGAGGUCCAACCAUGCACUUCCGAGUGGAGAGCUACAGCUUGUGCAAGGAUGUUGCUAAGGUGCAGAAGAGGCCGAAGGGGAAGCCGCAGGGGGAGUUUCUGGCGCCGCCGUUACUGGUCAUGAACAAUUUCAGCACAAAGGAGCAAGAACAAAACGGAGAGCUUGACGGCGAGACUGGCAAGAAGGCGAAGGAGAAUGCAGUGCCGAAGCACCUCGAAUCGCUGGCCACUACAGUAUUUCAAUCUUUGUUUCCACCUAUUAACCCGGUCCAGACCCCACUGAGCUCGAUAAAGCGGGUGCUCAUGCUCGAUCGAAAACCACAGACCUCCAGCGCAACUUCGGAUUCAGACUCGAUACAUCCCUACGUUCUCAACCUCCGCCACUACGCCAUUACCACCCGCACUGCUAAGUCUGUUGCGAAACCUCUGCGGCGACUGGAUGCGGCGGAGAAGGUCUCGCAUGCAGGCGAGAAGCGCAAGCGAGGCGGCGUACCUAAUCUUGGCAAGUUGCAUGACGUUGCCGACUACCUACUGGAUCCCCAGGCGGCGGACGGCUUCACAUCUGCCAGCGACUCAGAGCCAGAUACUGAUGCUGAAGUUGAAGUGCUGGCGCCGGCGCAGCAGAAGGUUCGGGAUCGACGCGAGAAGAAGAAGGCGGCGGAGGAGGCAGACGGAGAAGGCGCCGCACGAACUUCAGACCGUCGCGACCCAGCGUAUCGGGCGCAGGCGAGAGUAGAGAGGAAAGGUAUCAAGUUGCAGGAGCUGGGGCCGCGGUUACGGUUGCGAUUGACGAAGGUGGAGGAGGGCAUGUGUGGUGGCAAAGUCAUGUGGCACGAGUACAUCCACAAGUCGGAUGCUGAAGUCCGGCAGAUGGAGAAGGUGCAUCAGCAGAAGAGGCAGGAGAGGGAGCGGAGGCGAGAGGAGCAGAAGGAGAAUGUAGAGAGGAAGCGAGAGGAGAGGAAAGCGGAUGACAAGGAGGCGAAUGGUGAAGAUGAGGAGGAUCUCGAUGAGGAUGAAGAUAUGUGGGAUGAUUAUGAGCAUGAUGAGGAGAUGGAUGACGUUGAGGAUGAGGAUAGUGAGGGUGGCGUGGAGCUUGGUGCUGCAGACAGUGGGAGUGACGACAAUGGAGAGUGA